UUCAGCUUUUCUAUUAUUUCUAGUUUAUUUUAACCAUUUAUUUUCAUAAUGGGUCAUGAUUACUACGAGACGCUGGAAAUAAACAGAAAUGCAACAGACGCAGACAUCAAAAAGGCAUAUCGACGUCUUGCUUUGAAGUUUCACCCGAGCAGCAACAGAGGACCUGGAAGCAGCGAGAAGUUCAGUCAGCUGGGUGAAGCUUAUGAUGUGCUGAGCGACCCUCGGAAGAAGGCAACCUAUGACAAGUUUGGUGAGGAGGGUCUAAAAGGAGGUAUCCCACCUGAGUUUGGCAGCAGUGGUGCUUGGUCAUCUAAAUAUGUCUACCACGGGAACCCAGACAAAACAUUCAGACAGUUUUUUGGAGGCAACAACCCAUUUGCAGACUUCUACACAAAUGAUGCACCGCUUCAGUUCGGUAGCCUGCAACCAGGAGUGGUGAAGACACAAGACUCUCACAUAGAGAGAGACCUUCAUCUGUCCCUGGAUGAUCUCUUCCAUGGAUGCACAAAAAAGAUUAAGAUAUCUCGCAGGGUUAUGAAUGAGGAUGGAUACACAUCCAGUAUCAGAGACAAGCUCCUGACUAUAGAUGUGAGGCCUGGGUGGAAAGAAUGCACGAGAAUAACUUUCCCCAAAGAGGGAGAUCAGGGACCAAACAACAUCCCUGCAGAUAUUGUGUUCAUAGUGCGACAGAAGAGUCAUCCUCUGUUUGUGAGACAACACAAUGACCUGAUCUACAAGGCCCGGAUCACUCUGGAGAUGGCCUUGACUGGGUUCUCUGUGGAUGUGGACACACUAGAUGGCAGGCUACUCAGUAUUCCCAUCAAUGACAUUGUGCACCCUGCGUACAACAAAGUGGUGACUGGAGAGGGAAUGCCGCUGUCCCAGGAUCCCUCCCACAGAGGAAACCUUAUCGUUACUUUUGACAUCCAGUUUCCCGAGAAGCUCUCCGCUGAGAGCAAGCAUCUCAUCAAACAAGCUCUAGCUUUUAAAUAUUGAUCACAUGCUAAUACAUGUGUU